UCAGUGGAAAAAGGGUUGAUAGGUUCGAGUUUCAACCAAGCACUCCUUGCAUAUCUGACAGUUUAUUUCGCAAAAAUGAUCAUCUCGGUCCGUUUCCUAACCGUCCAAAUCUACCGUCUGCAUCGCUGCAUGGCCGAAAAUUACCAAAAACUCCUCUUCCUAAGCCUCGCCCUGACCGGAAUCACCGCAACCUUCCACUGGCUGCUGCUCAACCAUCCGACCUUCUUCAACCAGCUGCAAACAAACCUCCACAACUAUCCCAUCGGAGUGAUCUUCGGAGUGACCACGGUCGCCCUGAUCUCCUGCCUGCUGCUGUACGCCCUCCACCGAGAAUCCGCCCAAAAGACCCUCAUCCGGAGUCGGUCCGCAAUCCGACUCAAGUACAUCGACUUCAUCCUACUCUGCCUCAGCACCGGGUUGAGAGAGGCCACCGAGCGGCACCUUUGGCCAGCGGGAACCUGCGUUGAGCAGCUGGACUCGUUUCAUACCGCGGUGGAGGCUUGCAUCGAUCGGUUCCGGGAGGAUGCACGACGGCUGUUUCACGGGCUCGGAUGUUCCAGAACCGCGACGCUGCAACAGCUGGAGGAACACUUUCGGAUUGAUCGGCGGAGACCUGGUGGAGAGGGGUUGGUGGUUGGAGAGGAAAUUCUCAAGUUGAAAAGAAAUUCAAAAUCGUUGCUGAGUGAAAAAGCUUUGAAGAACUUGCUCACUAAGUGAAAAUGAAGCUAUACAUUAUUUUCAACCUCGAUUGUGUGUGCGUGUGUGUGUGCAACCAACCAAACGGAUCCACGCGGUAGCUUCUUACAAAU